AUGACCAACGGCGCUGUUCGACACAAUGGCUUCACCAACACGGUGACCACCAAUAACCAUAUCACAAGCCGCGGAAGUGAUUGGUAUUUCGCCGUUUGUGCGGUGAUGGCCGUUAGCACCUUUGUCAUCAUGGGACUCUCUUUCCGCAAGCAUCGGAGUCAGAGACUGUUUCACUACAUCACCGCAGCCAUCACCUUGGUUGCCGCCAUUGCCUACUUCGCCAUGGGAUCCAAUCUGGGUUGGACAGCCAUCCAGGUCGAAUUCCAGCGCUCGGAUCCCAAGGUCUCGGGCAACAUGCGCCAGAUCUUCUACGUGCGCUACAUUGAUUGGUUCGUUACGACACCGCUGCUGUUGGCCGACCUGCUUCUGACUUGCGGUCUGCCUGGUCCAACCAUCCUGUACGUCAUUCUCAUGAAUGAGAUUAUGAUCGUCACCGGUCUCGUCGGUGCCCUGGUCAAGUCGAGCUACAAGUGGGGCUUCUAUACGUUCGGCUGCGCCGCCUUCCUGUUCGUCGCAUACUCGGUCGUUUUCGAGGGCCGCACGUACGCGAAAGCUCUGGGUGCAGACAUCCACCGAACCUACGUGAUCUGCGGCGUAUGGACCAUCGGCUUGUGGUGUCUCUACCCCAUUGCCUGGGGUCUGUCCGAAGGAGGCAACGUCAUUGCUUCGGAUUCCGAGGCUAUCUUCUACGGUAUCUUGGAUCUUCUCGCCAAGCCAGGCUUCGGUGCUCUUCUCCUUUGGGGCCACCGCGGCAUCGACCUCGCCCGUCUAGGUCUGCACUUCAAGGACCCCGAGGAGCGCGCUGCGCAUGUCAGUGAGAAGAAUACCCGCGGCAAUCACCCGAAUAAUGGUGUUGAUGGUAGCAAUGGUGUCACCACUGGCCAUGACGCCCAUCACACUACCACGACCACAACUACGACUGCUGGGCAGCAGGUGUGA